CUUCCGUGUAUAUACGCGCAUGCGCAACGAGCGUAGGGCAAAAGAACGCGGAAGUAGUAGUGACGUCUGCAAUAACCGAUAUCUAACUGGAAGUUAAGCUGCGCAAAGACUUCAAACUACCGAUGAGUACCUACUACAAAAGUCUGUCCACCACAGACAAACUUCGCUACGAAGAAAAACUGAACUUUCUAGGCUUUUGUUUGGAUGACGACCCAUACGUAAUUAAUAAACGAUGGAGUGAUGAUGUGACGCAAUGGCCAGAUCUACAAUACGGCGAUCUGUACACUUACCUCAUUGAAACACCGGGGCCUUACACAAGGACCAGCCUGCGAUCUUUCCGUUCUCUGGAGGCGUAUAUUUUUUUCGAAAGUGGAUGGGUUCAAACGACUUUUAUCAGGCACAAUGCUGCAAAGACCAAUUGUAUUUUGAAGGCUAAAGUUCAUAGGUCACAGUCUGUAAAUGAAAAACCACAUGAAGCCUGGGUUGGACUUGAUGUGUGUGGCAAAGUUGAAUGUGCACAUUGCACAUGCAUGGCAGGACUUGGAGAAGUAUGUUCUCAUGUUGCUGGGAUUUUGUUCAAGAUAGAGGCCUGCGUUCGUCUUGAGUUCAAUAAAGUUGCUUGCACAUCAAUGCCCUGUAAAUGA